GUGCUUUAAGAUCAUCUUACCUAGAUUGUGCUCGAUUCUGCUCCAGAAUGGGUCCUUCUAGAAUAACAUUCACGCUUUUUUUGCUUUUUGCAAGCACCAUUGUACAGGCGAGCUUCAGAGACAAGAAUCCAUCUGAUAAAGACAAAGACAAGCAUCCACCUGACAAAGACAAGCAUCUAUCUGAUAAAGACAAAGACAAGCAUCCAUUUGAUCAUGACAAAGACCUGCAAAUCCGUCUGAUAAAGCAUCCGUUUGAUCAGAUCAAAGACAAGCAUCCAUUUGAUCAGAUCAAAGACAAGCAUCUAUCUGAUAGAGACAAAGACAAGCAUCUAUCUGAUAGAGACAAACACAAGCAUCCAUUUGAUCAAGACAAAGACAAGCAUCUAUCUGAUAGAGACAAACACAAGCAUCUAUCUGAUAGAGACAAAGACAAACAUCUAUCUGAUAGAGACAAAGACAAGCAUCUAUCUGAUAGAGACAAAGACAAACAUCUAUCUGAUAGAGACAAACACAAGCAUCCAUCUGAUAGAGACAAAGACAAGCAUCUAUCUGAUAGAGACAAAGACAAGCAUCUAUCUGAUAGAGACAAAGACAAACAUCUAUCUGAUAGAGACAAAGACAAACAUCUAUCUGAUAGAGACAAAGACAAACAUCUAUCUGAUAGAGACAAACACAAACAUCCAUCUGAUAGAGACAAAGACAAGCAUCUAUCUGAUAGAGACAAACACAAACAUCCAUCUGAUAGAGACAAAGACAAGCAUCUAUCUGAUAGAGACAAAGACAAGCAUCUAUCUGAUAGAGACAAAGACAAGCAUCUAUCUGAUAGAGACAAAGACAAGCAUCCAUCUGAUAGAGACAAAGACAAGCAUCCAUCUGAUAAAGACAAAGACAAGCAUCCAUCUGACAAAGACAGGCAUCCAUCUGAUAAAGACCAAGAAAAGCAUCCAUCUGAUAAAGACAAGCGUCCAUCUGAUAAAGACAAAGACAAGCGUCCAUCUGAUAAAGACAAAGACAAGCGUCCAUCUGAUAAAGACAAAGACAAGCAUCCAUCUGAUAAAGACAAGCGUCCAUCUGAUAAAGACAAAGACAAGCAUCCAUCUGAUAAAGACCAAGAAAAGCAUCCAUCUGAUAAAGACAAGCGUCCAUCUGAUAAAGACAAAGACAAGCGUCCAUCUGAUAAAGACAAAGACAAGCGUCCAUCUGAUAAAGACAAAGACAAGCGUCCAUCUGAUAAAGACAAGCGUCCAUCUGAUAAAGACAAAGAGAGGCAUCCUUCUGGAACUCAUGAACAUGAAGAUGGGGAAGUAUGUGAAUCUGAAGAAGAGCAUGAAAGGCAUUUAGCUGAAGCUGAUCAUGACAGGCUUCGACCCACACCACAUGAACAUGAAGAAGGGGAGUCAUGUGAAUCUGACGAAGAGCAUGAAAGGCAUCCAAGUAAACCAGAUAAAGAGAAAGAAAAUAACCCACCUCAACCUGAUAAAGGAAAGCCUCCAUCUAAACCGGAUAAAGGAAAGCCUCCAUCUAAACCGGAUAAAGUAAAGCCUCCAUCUAAACCGGAUAAAGUAAAGCCUCCAUCUAAACCGGAUAAAGUAAAGCCUCCAUCUAAACCGGAUAAAGUAAAGCCUCCAUCUAAACCGGAUAAAGAUGAAGAAAAGCCUCCAUCUAAACCGGAUAAAGAUGAAGAAAAGCCUCCAUCUAAACCGGAUAAAGUAAAGCCUCCAUCUAAACCGGAUAAAGUAAAGCCUCCAUCUAAACCGGAUAAAGUAAAGCCUCCAUCUAAACCGGAUAAAGUAAAGCCUCCAUCUAAACCGGAUAAAGUAAAGCCUCCAUCUAAACCGGAUAAACAAAGGAAAGAAAGUUCAUCUGAAUCUGAUGAACACGAUGACUGGCUGUCAUCUGAAUCUGAUGAAGACGAUGGCAGGCAUCCAUCUAAACCUCAUGAAGACAGGCAUCCAUCUGAGCAUGAUGAAGACAGGCAUCCAUCUGAGCAUGAUGAAGACAGGCAUCCAUCUGAGGAUGAUGAAGACAGGCAUCCAUCUGAGGAUGAUGAAGACAGGCAUCCAUCUGAGCAUGAUGAAGACAGGCAUCCAUCUGAGCAUGAUGAAGACAGGCAUCCAUCUGAGCAUGAUGAAGACAGGCAUCCAUCUGAGCAUGAUGAAGACAGGCAUCCAUCUGAGCAUGAUGAAGACAGGCGACCAUCUGAGCAUGAUGAAGACAGGCGACCAUCUAGACCUCAUAAAGACACCUUUUACCUGUUGGCUGUAACCUCCCGAACAGUAGGGGGCACCACUGAGACGUUAUGCAUCAUUGUCAAGCCCUCUGGAUAUGUUUCACUGAAUGUGUACCUGGAUUAUAACCAGAAGCAUGUCCUCCUUCUGACUGAAAAGUCUAUAACAAAGGAUUACUACCACUCCGUGAAAUUCCAGGUUCCUGUUGUAACCGAGGAAUUGGUGGCAUCUAUAACGAUUGAGAUUAAAGGGCGAAAAAGACACCUGAAGAAAGCUACAAAAAUCAUUAUCACUCCUCCAAAAUUCCUGACUAUCAUUCAGACGGAUAAACCCAUCUACAAGCCGGGACAAAGAGUGAAGUUCCGCAUCGCCUCUCUGGAUACUAAUUUCCACACCUACGAACAGAAGUUUCCGACAAUUCAAGUGCAGGAUCCGAACUCAAACCGUAUCGGUCAGUGGCUGAACGUCCCAACCUCCAGCGGUCUGGUGGAUCUGUCAUAUCCCUUAAACUCUGAGGCCACAAAAGGAGUUUAUGUCAUCACCGUCCAUGACAAGAAGAACACACAGUUCACGCAAACAUUUGAAGUCAAAGAUUACGUUCUGCCCACAUUUGAGGUUACAGUAGAGCUUCCUCCAGUCAUUACCAUACUGGACACCAAAGCUACGCUGAAAGUUUGUGCAAAAUAUACAUACGGGAAGCCAGUGAGAGGGACGGUGAGGGCAACAGUCUGCCGUAAGAGUUACAAAUUCAAGCGACCACAAUGGGGCCCAACACCGCCAGACAUCUGCAAGAAUUAUACGAUAAAGACCGACGAGACUGGCUGUGGACAAAAACUCAUAGAUCUGACAGAAUAUGCAUUAAGAGAUUCACGCUAUGAACCUUCGAUCGUCGUUCGGACUGAAGUGGAAGAAGACGGCACUGGUGUGAUUCUUACCGGGUCAGGACGUGCUCCAAUAUCACCUAAUAUCGUUUCACUGUUGUUUGAGGACUCACCAGCUAUAUUUAAGCCCAGAAUAGCAUAUGAUGGAAGGAUUAAAGCGACUGGUCCAAACUCAAGUCCGAUCAAGAGAAAAGUCGUGUAUUUGACUAUAAGUUACACCGAUAAAAGUUCUGUACGGAAGCUGGUUACAAAUGACAAAGGCAUUGCAAAAUUUUCCCUUGACACUCAAUCCUGGGGUCUGAAUCAAGUCUCUCUUCAGGCACAGUAUGAAACGACUCAAAGACCUGUUAUAAGCGAAAUAAAUCGGAUCAUUCCACAAUACCAAUCGGCUUUCCUCAGUCUUCAGCCUUUCUAUUCCAGGAGCCAGAGUUUUAUUAAAUUGAGGAGCUGCUCGGCACCUUUGAGCUGUAUUAAGAAAGCCGUAGUCAGGGCCCAGUACAGGAUACACAACAGCGCACUCGCACCAGGCCAGAGGACCAUAUCCUUCUUCUACAUAGUACUGAAUAAAGGACAUCUGGUUCAGCAAGGACGUAUCACAGAAGCCAUCAACCCUAAAACAGCAGUACACAAGGGCAACUUGGUGUUGACACUGCAGCAUGUAACACUGGUGUCCCCGGUCGCUCAGGUGGUCUUGUACACAGUCCUUCACAGUGGUGAGGCUGUGGCCGACAGCAUAAACCUCCCUGUUCAGCCAUGUUUGGCAAAUAAGGUGUCUCUAAAGUUUUCACCUUCUACGGAGCUUCCUGGUGACCAGGCAUCACUGUUGCUGAAAGCUGCUCCAGGUUCCUUGUGUUCAGUAAAGGCGAUAGAUAAGAGUCUUCUGCUUCUGCAACCAGAGAAGGAGCUCAGCAUCCAAUCUGUGUUUGACUUGCUGCCUGUAAAAUCCUUAUCCGGAUAUCCGUACAACAUCAUUGAAGAGGAUUUAAACCCAUGCCCAGGGAGCCCACCCAUUGGUAUCCGGCCUUUGGCACCAGAAUUUCGAAAGAUUGGUUUUAUUCCACACUUUGGAAAGUUGGAUGUUUACAGCACCUUUAAAGAUAUUGGAGUUAAAGUCAUCACCAACACAGAAAUAAAGAAACCUGUUGAUUGUCUGAAGCUCAUUUCAGCAGCUAGGGAAAAGGGAACACCAGAAGUCCUCAGAAAAGACACCACUUCAGUUGACUCAAGUUCCAGGGAAGUCGCCCAACCGGUCGUUACGAUCCGCAAAUAUUUCCCAGAGACGUGGAUUUGGGAUCUCGUUCCAGUCAGUCAGUCUGGAGUGACAGCCAUUAAUAAAACGGUCCCAGACUCCAUCACUACAUGGCAGGCUGAUGCAUUUUGUACAUCACCUGUGGGGUUUGGAGUCGCCCCGAAAACUGAGCUUAUUGCCUUCCAGCCUUUCUUUGUGAGCCUCACCCUGCCCAGCUCUGUCAUCCGAGGAGAAGUGUUCACACUCAAAGCCACCGUCUUCAACUACCUCAAAAGCUGUAUGGUGGUGAAGGUGACUUUAGCCAGGUCGAAGAAGUUUUCAGUACAACAGUGUAAAAACUGCAGUUAUACAAAAUGUCUGUGUGCUGAUGAGAGCCGGACCUUCUCCUGGACCAUCACACCACAUGUUCUGGGUGAGAUAAGAUUCAAUGUGACAGCGGAGGCCGUGCAGUCGACUCUGUGUGGGAACAAAAUAGUUGUCCCAGAGAAAGGACGCAUCGAUACUGUCAUUAAAAAACUGCUAGUGCUGGCUGAAGGAGUCAAACGGUAUAAAAGCUACAAUGAGCUUCUUUGCCCAUCAGACGAUGUUAAAAAGAAGACAGUCUCACUAACCCUGCCCAAGAUAUUCGUGGAAGGUUCGGAGAUAGCCUCAGUCUCUGUGCUCGGUGAUCUGAUGGGUCGAGCUCUACAGAACCUGGCGAGUCUCCUGGCGAUGCCGUACGGCUGUGGAGAGCAGAACAUGCUGCUCUUCGCUCCCAACAUCUUCAUCCUGCAGUACCUGGAGAGCACCAACCAACUCACACCUCAGAUCAGGAGCACAGCUCAGACCUACCUCAUCGGAGGAUACCAGAGAGAGCUGACCUACAAACACAAUGAUGGAUCUUACAGUGCUUUUGGGAUGAGCGAUAGAUCAGGAAACACAUGGCUGACGGCGUUCGUGAUGAAGUCUUUCGGAAAUGCGAAGAGGUACAUCUUCAUAGAUCAGGUGUUUGUGGAUCAGGCGAAGUCCUGGCUCGGUCAACAGCAGCAGGCUAACGGAUGCUUUGCCUCAGUGGGACAACUCUUCCAUCUGGACAUGAAGGGAGGAGUGAAUGAUGAGGUGACCCUCACAGCGUACAUCACGGCUGCGAUGCUGGAACUCAACUACACCGCAGCAGAUCCUGUGGUGAAUAACGGUCUUACAUGCCUGAGGAACGCGUUCACUCAGGUGAACUCCACCUACACCAAGGCUCUCCUCUUCUACACCUUCACCCUGGCUGGAAAUCACAGGAUGAGGAACACACUCAUCUCAGGCCUGGAUGCAGUGGCCAUAGUCUCAGGUGGUGGACGUCACUGGAGCAGAGCGAGCGAUGGAUCAGUGACGGACUCUUUGGAAGUAGAGAUGACCUCGUAUGUGCUUCUGGCUCUGAUGUCUGGACCUGAGCUGCCCGGGUUUGGUCUGGGUUACAGCACCAGUAUCGUCAACUGGCUUUCUCAGCAGCAGAACUCCUUCGGAGGCUUUGCGUCUACACAGGACACUGUCGUGGCUCUUCAGGCUCUGGCAAAGUACGGCUUCGCCACCUACAGUCCAGCAGGAUCUGUAACUGUUACUAUAACAUCACCAUCAGGGCAGAUUAUCACGUUCACCAUCAAUCAGAGUAACAGACUGCUGUAUCAGGAGCGUGAGCUGCAGGAGGUUCCUGGUGAUUAUAACGUUAAAGCAAAAGGGAAAGGCUGUGUGUACGUGCAGUUCAAUUUGCGCUACCACAUCCCUCCUCCUCCUGGUCACUCGUCAUUCACCAUCUUGGCUUCAGCGAACGGAAACUGCAGGGUUCCGAUUCCAAUUCUUGAAGUGAAGAUUACUGUCACGUAUAAUGGUCAUCGUUUGAAGACCAACAUGGUGGUCAUCGAAGUCAAGGCUCUUUCUGGCUUCAGAGUUGACGCGACGUCGGUGCAGCUUGUGAACGGAAAUUCAAACUUCAAUGACGGAGUUGUGCAACGUGUGGAUCAAACUGAAGAAAGAGCAAUUAUUUACCUGAAUAAACUUACAAACGGAAAGGAGAGGGUUUACACCUUGAAAAUCAUACAGGACCUUUCAGUGCAGAACCUGAGACCAGCUGUAGUGACGGUUUAUGACUACUACUACAUCGGUGAGAGAGCUGCGACUGAAUACUCCUCUCCAUGUCCAUAUCAGCGAAACACGAUCUCAGCCAAAGCCUAGCAAGAGCUUUUUUCCACUUUACUUAUUUUUAUGGGGCUUCCAGCUACCAAAAUAUCAAAACCUUUUAAUUUCAUAAAUGUUCAGUAAUUAAUUAACAGUGUGAUUUUUUUCCCCCUCUCCUCUUGGCAUUAUGCUCAACUUAAUCUAAUAAUCAAGAUAUAUCUGUUAUAUCUCUCUAAUAAAGGUGCCUUUUUCUCUUCAAUAUAUAACAUAUCAGAGAAUAAUUGUGUUCUGAUGAAUCUGGAAGAUGAUAAAUUAUGAAUAAGAAUCAUUAAUAACAUGAUUUUAAAAUGAUUUAUUGGUUUUAAUCGAUCAAACAGUAUACUGUGAAUUUAGUGAUUAUAAAUCUUUAGGUGUUUGAGUUUUUCCUGAGAGUUAAGAGUUUUUAACACUGAAGCACGUCUAAACACUAAGACUCGUGUAAUCUAUUUAGCUUCGUUGUAUUUGUUAUUUUUGUCCACAAAAUGGUCGAAUUUUAACUCCUUUCCUCUCAUUUUUCCUCUCUUUGAAAACUGCAAAAAAAAAAAAAAGAAAGGCAAAUAUAAUGAAAUAUUCUAAUAAAUUUUUCAAUAUGCACUGAU